AUGGAUACCCCAGACUUUACAAUGCCGGACGACGAGCCCAUCAACGACGAUCCUAGCGAGAAUGGCCCGAAGCCCAAGAAGACUCGCCGCAGCCGCUAUGACCCAGAGCCCGACUGGUCGGCCAUGGUGCGUUCCAAGGUCACGAAGUCCCAACAUCGUGUUGGUCAGGCCUGUGAUCGUUGCAAGCUCAAGAAGAUGAAGUGCACGCCCGAUCUUAGAGGCUGCGGUUGUUGCCUUAUCCUCAACAUCCCAUGCAAAGUCACUGACCGUGUCACCGGUGAGACCUGGGUGCGUGGCGAGGCUGGGCGGAUGUGCGCUCUUAUCGAGAACCUCCGGAAGCAGAAUAUGGAUCUAAAGGAGCAGAUCGCACAGCUUCAGCAGAAGAAUUCACAGCUGCAGAACUGUCUGGACGGCUCCUACAGAGCCAAUCUCAUGGACCACUACGAGCCAAACCUUGAUCCCAGAAAUCAUCACCACAGUCUACUGUGA